UAUGUGUGAUUAUUGUGCAGAGCAAGUUACUUGGAAGAACGAUGACUGUGGAGAGGAUGGCGAAGCAGCAAGAGUGGUCCACUCUUUAUUACGAUGCAGAUUUGAGUUUAUGUCACACUAUGGUGGUACCCCUACUGGAUACCGAGAGUGCUCCGCACUGGUUUGCGACGAAUGUGAGCAUGGAUAAUACAACAGUGGAAAUUAGGGACUCGUUGUCUUCUGCAAUGCAUAAGAGGUCACGUCGGAGCACCUGCGUAGAGAUGCUCCAGACUUUGGACCAAUUGUUUGCCCCUGUCAAGCCAAGAGACCUGAAUUUCAGCGAAUUUGUAAUUAUUUCUUCAAGCAAGGACUACCCACAACAACAAAAUGGUCACGAUUAUGGAAUGUUUGUAAUGAAGUACAUGGAAUCACUAUUCGAGGAAAAUAAAAUAAUGGAAGAGGUAAUGUAAUGUUGAUUUCUUUAGUUUAAGUUUUCAUCAAGUUAACUAACUGUUUAUAACGAAAUUGAGGUGUCAAUCUAUUUUUUGAUGGAUUUGUUUCUAUGGAUUUGGUUGUCAUGUGUAUUACUGAAUUGGUUUCCUAAUGUACAAUGCAGUUUGAUCCUAUUGAAGCCAGACUGGAUUGUGUUGGGAAAAUUGUCACCCACGAGAGUAACAAGGCUAAACAUGUUGUGAUGGAGGGAGUUAAGAAGCAAUUUGGAUUGAGCAAAACCAAAGUUCUUCCAUCAACAUCUACAACUUUACCAUUACGUAGUCCAUCAAGGUCUCCUCGAGACCCCCGAUUCAGCACAGCGAAGGCCAGGUCCGAAAACAUGUGGACUGGCAAGAGCAAGUCCCCGAAAACCCGUCAUUCUAAAAGGCCGGCCAUAAGUAACAAGUAGUAUAUUACAAUGGUUACAAAAGUUACGUUAUUUAUAUAUUUAGUAUAUUCAGUACAAUGGUUACAAAAGUUAGGUUUUAGGUCAUAAAUUAUAUUUAGUGAGUCAUGUUAUAUACUUGCAUCAUACUACUAUUAGGUGAUUUGGAAUUGCACUAAUGUUGGUGAUUUUAUAAUUUACUAUAGGGUAAGACUUGUGGUAGUUUUUGGAAUUUGGUGGAACAGAUUAUUAUUACUGUAUGGUGAUUAUUAUUGUGAAUAUUAUUACUGUUGUUA